UUCUGUUUCUUGCGUAUCUUUAACAGCCUUUUCUUCUUUCCAGGCCUGCCCCUUUGGUCACACUCUUCAUUUCUCCCUUAGAAUCUUAGGGCAGCUUCAAGGCUUCACCUUUACUGGUUAUGCUGCAGGUGGCUUAACCUGUGUGUCACUUCCCUUGCCUGUGAAAAGGGUAGUGAAAGUGCCCUCCCCUCCCUCCAAGGGUGGUUGUGAAGCUUCUCUGGGAAUCCAAGUAGGAGACACAACACGGUGUCACAGCCAGCGCUCGACCACGCGCUCCAUGCGGCCGCCCACCAUGUCCGGACACUUUCUGCUCGCGCCCAUCCCCGAGUCCUCCUCCGACUACCUCCUGCCCAAGGACAUCAAAUUGGCCGUGCUGGGCGCCGGCCGCGUGGGCAAGAGCGCAAUGAUUGUACGCUUCCUGACCAAGAGAUUUAUUGGCGAUUAUGAACCGAAUACAGGCAAGUUGUACUCGCGGCUUGUCUACGUGGAGGGAGACCAGCUCUCCUUGCAGAUCCAGGACACCCCCGGGGGCAUCCAGGUCCAAGACAGCCUCACCCAGGCUGUUGACUCCCUGUCCAAGUGCGUGCAGUGGGCCGAGGGCUUCCUGCUGGUCUAUUCUAUCACAGACUAUGACAGCUACCUGUCCAUCCGCCCCCUGUACCAGCACAUCCGCAAGAUCCACCCCGACUCUAAGGCCCCGGUCAUCAUCGUGGGCAACAAGGGGGACCUCCUGCAUGCCCGGCAGGUGCAGACAUGUGAUGGCGUUCGGCUGGCCAACGAGCUGGGCAGUCUGUUCCUGGAAAUUUCCACCAGUGAAAACUAUGAGGACGUCUGUGAUGUGUUUCAGCAUCUUUGCAAAGAAGUGAGCAAGUUGCACAACCUCUGCGGGGACAGGAGAAGAGCCUCCAUCAUCCCCCGGCCACGCUCUCCCAACAUGCAGGACCUGAAAAGGCGCUUCAAGCAAGUUCUGUCUUCCAAGACCAAAGCCCCCUCUGCCCUGGGAUAGACCCAUCUCCCAUGGACUCAGCUCCUUUAUAUCAUGCAUUUGUGCAGCUGAAAAGACUAGGGGUCGCCCUUUUUAAUCACACAUUCAGAGUUUAUUUUUAUACAGACUGUUGAUUUUCAAGUGUAUGUGUAUUUCUGAAAAUUCAAACAGUGAUUGCCUAGAAGUUGGAUAGUUUUUAGUUUUUUUAAUAAAAAAAAUUUUU